AUAGUAAAUACCCAUGAUCUAUAAAACAAAUAUAAAAAAUGUGAUACUGAUAAUAUUGACCAACAAUUGUAUGACUGGUCGCUCUUUAGUAAUAGUAAUACUCAAAAAUUUAAAGAAUAGUACGUUAUGAAUUUGUAAAAUUUAGAUAAAUAAAUUUCAGAAAAAUGAGCGAUGAAGAAGACAUAUUUAGGGCAGUAACCCCUGACCUUUACGGUUCCCGUGUUAGAGAUGACAAUGAAGUUCUGGAGUCUUCCCCUGUAAUAAGAUCUCAGCAACCUCAGCCCAGAACCAGGUCCACAGCCUCUCAUAGAAACAUUCAGAGGAUAUUAGAGGCUGAUACAGAAAGUGAUACUGAAAGUGAUACUGAUACUCCUGCCAUAGCUGUUAUAGAUACUAAUACAAUUGCUGAAAAUCGUGCCGGAGCUGCUAUUAAUACUGAUGCAACAGCAGAUAAUAUUGCCAUUGUCACAGAUUCUGAUACUGUAAACAUAAUCGACACUGAAGCUAGAGUCGGUACAUCAACUGAAGAAAAUGACAGACCGUUCUCCACAUUUCUGACUAUUGAAGGAGCUAGAACUAGAUCUAGAAAUAGUAUCAGGUCAUUCCAUCUAGGUUCCAAUACUAGUUCUCUGGUAGAUCUACCAAAUGGUGAAGCUGUACCUGAUGUUAUAAGUGUAGAUGAAAGUGUUGCACUGGAAUCAAUCAAUGAUCUGCCAAUUCCAACCUUUUCCGGUGUUCCUAAUACAAGGGAAAUGGCACAAUCUACUAGUGUCAUUGUACACCAUACAAGUGAAAAUGCUCAAUCUACAAGUGCCGGAAUAUUCAAUACAAGUGCCAGUCUUCGUUCUACAAGUGAAAAUGCUCAAUCUACAAGUGCCAGAAUCUCGGCUACAAGUGAUUCUCUGUCAGCAAGUGACGAUGCCACGUCUAUGAGUGCAGGAGUUAUCACUACAAGUGCUACAGAAGUGUCUCCGUAUUUCUUAAACCCCAACCACCCUCUUCCAGGAAACAGGAAUUUAAACGGUAGUUCAGUAGAUUUUCAGACUGAUGAUGAACAGCUGACGGCUGUAACAGACACAGCUGCUGCUACGAAGAAGGAGAAAAAGAAGGGGAAAGGGAAAAAGAGGAAAGCUACUAACAGCUGUGAGGAGGAUGCCGAUGAAGGAAGUUGCUGCACAAUAUGCUUUGAACCUUGGAGUAAUUCCGGAGACCAUAGGAUUGCGUCUCUAAGAUGUGGACACUUCUUUGGGUUUAUCUGUAUAGAGAAAUGGUUGAAGGGGACCGGGGCAUCUUGUCCAAACUGUAAUGAAAAAUCUACCAAAAAGGAUAUCAGGGUGCACUAUGUAUCUAAGUUAAAAGCUCUUGAUACAAGUGAGAAGGAUCGAGCUCUGGCAGACCUUGACAAGGAGAAAACUAACAGCAGGGAGAUUCAACUCAGGUUGACUGAGUACCAAGUUCGGAACCGUCUGCUUCAAGAAGAAAUAGAGAAACUUCAACGCGAACUUCACCAGUAUAGAAAGUUCCGAGGUGAUCUACCUCCAGCUUUACAGAACUCUCAACCAUCUUCUAUACCUUCAACCCCUACCAGGUUGGUUUACCAGAAAAGAUAUGAAAUGGUUAGACCUGGAACAGAGAAAACCUGCAGAGUUCUAGCAUAUUCUGAAUACCUUGGUAUGCUGGUCAUUUCACAGCCAAGCUUUACAGCUCUAGCGCCAGGGUUUGGUGUACGGCAGUUCAACGUGCUGGACCAAAAGGUCGGGAACUUCAUCUCCCUCUGCAAGGAACAGAUAAGAGAUAUGUCCUUCAGUUCUAUAUCUCAGCAUCUGCUACUGUCCUGUGGUCAGGAUAGAACGGCAAGAAUCACUAAUAUGUCUAAUGGCCAUAAGGUGACUGAGUUUCAAUGUGAUCACCAGGUGUGGGCCUGUGAUUGGUCUGCAGCAAACGAUCAUCACGUUUACCUUGGAACUCAGAAAGGAAGUAUCCUGGUGUACGAUAUGAGACAGCCUACUGCCCCUCCUGUAGUUCUCGUAUUCCCGGAUGGAGACAAGAAACCAAUUAUAGGUUUAAGAUCAGUACCUGAAACAGCUAGGGCAGGGUUUCCUAAUUCUGGUUUUCUAGUAGCUAACCUAUCCAGUCUUUGGUUUGUUUCAAAGGAUUCCGAUGAAACAUGGUCCUUCCACAAGCUGAACAUGGAACAGAAACUAAUUUGGAGUUUGGACUUUGACCGGGAAUCUUUCUUGGUUCUGGUUGGAUGCAAACCCUGCCCUCUUGCGGCGCAUUUAGUACUUGAGCUGUCGAGUACACAGAUAGAGUCCGGCAGAACUUAUAUAGUCAGAACUCUGAUGGUUGCAAAAGGAGGGAGUUUCAGUCAAAGGAGUUUUCUAAGAUCAUCACUGCUUCCCUCUCCAACAGGACAGGUGUAUACUGCCUUCAGUAAAGGAUCUGGGCAAACCGAUCACAGGGUCGUUAUUCAAGAGGUCGGCUCUGACAGAGUACUACAGGAACUUAAGGUAAAAACCGACCAGAUACUGGCCAAAUUCCGACCAUGUACGGAGAGAGUUCUUUAUGAACUAAAGGNAAAUUAUGUUUGA